GAAAAAGAGUCAUGGUGAAGCUGAACGGCAGACCACUUUUCUUGAGAUACAUAAACCCGACCCACACCUUCUGUCUUCUCUCGUUACUCAUCAGUCGCUCCUCGAUCCCGUUCUUCAUCAGUUGAAUAUCUACGAGCUGUAUUAAAGCAAUUGGCCUUGUGGAACACCCUGCCACUUCAUUGUCUCCAUACUGUGACUCCGCCUCUCUUCAACUUCUACAUUCCCCACAAUGGCCUCCACCGGCGCCAAAAACGAGACCAGCGACGAUGUGCGCGUCCUGGGCUACGACCCGCUCAUCUCCCCCGCGCUCCUCUCCGCCGAAGUCCCUGCUCCCGCCUCCGCCCAAAAGACCGUGAUCCAAGGCCGCCGCGAGGCCGUCCACAUCAUCACGCAGCAAGAUGACCGCCUGCUCGUCAUGGUCGGGCCCUGCUCCAUCCACGACCCAGCGACCGCGCUCGAGUACUGCGCGCGCCUCAAGCAGGUCGCCGACCGGCUCAGCGGCGACAUCCAGAUCAUCAUGCGCGCCUACCUCGAGAAGCCGCGCACGACGGUUGGCUGGAAGGGCCUGAUAAACGACCCGGACAUCGACGAGAGCUACCAGAUCAACAAGGGCCUGCGCGUCAGCCGGAAGCUGUUCUGCGAUCUGACGGCCCAGGGCAUGCCUAUUGCUAGCGAGAUGUUGGAUACCAUCUCCCCGCAGUUCCUGGCGGAUCUGAUCUCGCUCGGGGCUAUUGGUGCGCGUACUACGGAGUCACAGCUACAUCGUGAGCUGGCAUCUGGUCUCAGUUUCCCAAUUGGCUUCAAGAACGGCACGGAUGGUGGGUUGACGGUGGCUGUGGAUGCUAUUGGUGCUGCGGCGGCGAAACACCAUUUCAUGGGUGUGACGAAGCAGGGUCUCGCUGCUAUUACUCGGACGGCUGGGAACGAUCACUGCUUUGUGAUUCUCCGAGGUGGUACUAAAGGGACGAACUUCGACAAAGAAAGCAUCAAAGCUACGAGGGAGGCCUUGAGAAAGAAGGGCGUGAGGGAAUCUAUAAUGGUUGACUGUUCUCAUGGCAAUUCGAACAAAAACCACCGCAACCAACCCCUUGUCGCCCGAUCUGUAGCAGAGCAACUCCGCGAAGGUGAAACCGGCAUAGUCGGCGUCAUGAUUGAGUCCAACAUCAACGAGGGCAACCAAAAGGUGCCCGCUGAAGGUCCCGCUGCCUUGAAGAAGGGCGUCAGCAUCACCGAUGCUUGUAUCGACUGGGAAACCACUGUGACGGUACUCGACGACCUAGCGGCUGCGGUACGGGAACGAAGAACUAAAAACAGUGCCAUCAACGGCACCCACUAGACGUCAAUUCCCUUCAAAGUUUCACACUACCAGACUCAAAAACUGUCCUUCAUACCAUGCAUAUUCGCUUCAUACCGGGAAACCAAAAGUUCCGUUUGGGUAGGGAUUUUUUAAAAUAAGAACCGGUGUUUUGGGAUAUCCGGCAUAAUUUGUUCAAAACCAUACCAACAUCUUCGCUCCUGCGUAAUUACUUCAAUUGCUUGAGACCCAGAAAUCUAUUCCAUGACGUGCCGUGCCGUUGCGCCUAGCAAAAUGUCGACAGGCCCAAGUCAACUCCGCGUUUGAGCCAACGCUUGCUUAAAACAUUCGUAUAAUACACUCCCCGCCCUCUCCCACCC